UGUUGUACCGAAAAUCGUGAAAAUUCAAAUACAAAUAUGGAAGGAAUGGAGUAAAUUAAUGAUGGAUCACUUCAAAGUUUUCUUUAUACAAAUAUACUCAUAUAGAAGCUAAGAAAUAAAAGAUCUUCCUGCCCAUAUGAAUCAUCUAUGGCCGUUUGCCGCUUUUCUCGUGCCGGUAAUUCUAGGCCUCAUCGUUUUCCAACUCGACUCGUUCGACCCAGCACCGUACCCGGCUGAGCAGCCGAGUCAGAAGAAGCCGCCGGCGGCGGCGGCCCCAAGCCUCAACGCCCGGAUGCUGCAUGGCUCAGAGAGGAUAGGAGUGGGACGGUUGUGGGGCCCGGAGGACAUAGCCUACGACCCCAAGACGGGGAUCAUAUACACCGGGUGUGCGGAUGGGUGGGUCAAGCGAGUGACGGUGAACGAGUCCUCGGCGGCGGACUCGGUGGUGGAGGACUGGGUCAACACGGGCGGCAGGCCGCUUGGACUCGCCCUUGGACUUCACGGUGAAGUUUUGGUAGCUGAUGCGGAUAUUGGAUUAUUGAAUGUGACGGCGGAUGGCCGGGUGGAGUUGCUGGCGGAUGAGGCGGAGGGGGUGAAGUUCAAGUUGACGGACGCGGUUGCAGUUGCAGAGGACGGUGUCCUCUAUUUCACGGACGCGUCUUGGAAAUACAGUCUGAACGACUUCAUUUGGGACUUUCUUGAAGGGAGGCCCUACGGAAGGUUGCUAAGUUACGACCCAAAUACCAAACAGACCAAAGUGCUUGUCAAAGACUUGUUCUUUGCAAAUGGCGUUUUUGUCUCUCCGGACGGCAACUUUGUCGUUUUCUGCGAAACCCCAAUGAGGAGGUGUAAGAGGUUGUUCAUAAAGGGUGAAAUGAAGGGGGACAUUGAUGUCUUUAUAGAGAAUUUGCCAGGAAUGCCAGACAACAUUCGAUACGAUGGAGAAGGGCUCUUCUGGAUUGCGUUCGUCAGCGACUACACCUUGGGGUGGAAGCUUGCGCAGAAGCAUCCCUUGGUGAGGAAGGUUUUGGGAGUGAUGGUGAAGUACGGAGUGCGACCGGAAAUGGAGAAGAACGGAGGGGCUUUCGCGGUGGAUUUGGAGGGAAACCCGGUGGCCCAUUACCACGACCGCCAUUCCAUGCUCGUGUCAACCGGAAUCAAGAUCCGGGAUCAUCUCUACUUUGGUUUUGUAACUUCCAACUUCAUCCUUAGGCUCAACCUCACUCAAAAUCCCGUGGUUCAAGCCGGGAAAUGAGGGACGUGGAUCGCGGGUGUUUGUCCCGGACUCUACUUUUUGUGGGAUUUUUCUUAAAUAAAUUGGACAUGAGGGCACAAACAGAAGCCUCCAACGUUGUCUCUCUGCUCUUCAAUGUUUGUUUUCAUGUGUAAGUGAUUCAGUCUUGAACACGAAACUCUAGUUUAGUACUUUGAUGCAAAUUUGGGGAAAAUAUAUAUGUUGAAAAUGGUUAAGGAUUUCUUGAAUGUGUUCAAUUGGUACUUGUAAUUUGCAUUUGAAGAUUUUGUUUUCUUGAAUAAGAAUUGGUAAAGUAA